AUGGGCACUGCCGAAUCGUCUCAAUCGUCCGAAAUCGGUGGUAUCGGCGGUUUUAAUGAUCAUUCAUCAUUUCGUAGACAAUCGCCUAAUGUUGCUCGUUUAAUACGUGGUGAAAAUUCACAAAAAAUGGAAUAUGAAUUUCCAAUAUCGGACGUUAAUACAACGAAUUUAGGACAUUAUCAACAUCAUAGUGGUGGAACUAGUAAUCAUAUGAUAUUAAGUGGAAAAACUAAUCGUCAUAUAUCUGAUCAACAAAUAAAUCAUAAUGAUAAUUUUUCAUCAAAUAUAAAAAAUUCUUCAAAUGAAUCAUCAAGUUUAUGGUUAUCAUUAACAAGUUGUUUUGGUUGUCGUAAACGUGAAUCAAAUUCUUCAACAAUGAAUCCAUUACGUGAUAAAGUACAUGCAAUACGUAUUGUUCGAGCAUCAAAUGAUUUAACACCAGCUGUAUUUGAUUCACAUUAUAAUAUAAUAACACUUGAACAAUUACGUGAAUGUGAAAAUAAUGGUAGUGGAAAUCUUAAUGAUACAUCAAAUUCAACAAAUCCAAAUGAUAUUGAAUCAUCACAUAAUAGUAAUGGAUCAAUAUCAUCAACAAAAAAUGAAAAUAGUCGUCGAAUAAGAAAAAAGAAAAAAAAACGUGCAGCUGCAGCUGCUUAUGCAGCUCGAACAAUGACAUCGGAUGAUGAUGAUACAUAUGAACGGACGCAAGAAAGAGGUACAUGA